UCUCUCUCUCUCUCUCUAUAUCUAUAUUACAGGCGUAAUCUUUCUCUAAAUUAGGGCUUCCAAUUUUGGCUACUGGUUUUUUUAGCUUCCGCGUGUUCUAGGUUUUGAUUUUGAGCCACUUCUAACUCAUUUGCUUUGAAAACGAGGGUUUCUUUCUCUCCCUCUCUCUCAUAUGAAUACUACCUCAGGUCCAUAGGCUAGAUCAUAAGUUCUCUAUUAUCUUUUAACUAUCAGUUUCAAUAUGGUGCCCCUCUCUUUGUAUAUUUUAUCCAAUUAGGUUUCGGUUUCCCCUUUUCUCUCUCUCUCUCUCUCUUAGAUUGUGACGUAGGGUUUUCUCUCUCUCACUUUUGUUUCAAGUUCUGGUUUUUAAGGCAUGAAUCCUCGAUAUGCAACUGGACCUGGAAAUGGGCGGUUUUCACAGCAAACUUAUGUUCAGAGAAUCCCUAAUUCACAAUCGCAGCAGCAAUUUCAGCAACAGGUUUGGAUGAGAAGAAAUGAGAGCAGUCCUAUUGAAGAUGGUAAUCAGAAUGAAGAGGAAAAGAGGGUCCAAUCUGAAGUUGUUGAUCCCAGUUCGCAAGAUUGGAAGGCACAAUUGAAAAUUCCUCCUGUUGACACCCGGUACAAGACAGAGGAUGUCACUGCUACCAAAGGAAAUGAGUUCGAAGACUACUUUCUUAAACGAGAACUGCUUAUGGGCAUUUAUGAGAAGGGUUUUGAAAGACCUUCUCCAAUUCAGGAGGAAAGCAUCCCAAUUGCUUUGACUGGCAGUGAUAUUCUCGCGAGAGCAAAGAAUGGAACUGGAAAGACCGCAGCAUUUUGCAUUCCUGCACUGGAAAAGAUUGACCAGAACAAAAAUGCAAUCCAAGUUAUCAUAUUAGUUCCAACCCGAGAGCUGGCACUUCAAACUUCACAAGUCUGCAAGGAGCUUGGGAAACAUCUAAAUAUUCAAGUCAUGGUAACAACUGGAGGAACUAGCUUGAAGGAUGACAUCAUGCGUUUGUAUCAACCGGUUCAUCUUCUUGUGGGAACACCCGGCAGAGUACUUGACCUUACAAAGAAGGGUGUUUGUGUCUUGAAAGAAUGCACAAUGCUUGUAAUGGAUGAGGCUGACAAGCUCUUGUCCCCUGAGUUUCAACCUUCAGUGGAACAGCUGAUUGGUUUCCUACCUCCAAAUCGACAAAUAUUAUUAUUUUCUGCGACUUUCCCAGUCACUGUCAAGGCAUUUAAAGAACGGUUUCUCCGAAGGCCUUACAUAAUCAAUCUCAUGGAUGAGCUGACGCUUAAGGGAAUAACACAGUACUAUGCUUUUGUAGAGGAACGACAGAAAGUCCAUUGCCUCAAUACACUUUUCUCCAAGCUUCAAAUAAACCAGUCCAUCAUUUUCUGCAACUCAGUUAACCGUGUAGAAUUGCUGGCUAAGAAAAUUACAGAGCUGGGUUACUCAUGCUUCUAUAUUCAUGCCAAGAUGCUCCAAUCUCAUCGUAAUCGUGUCUUCCAUGACUUUAGAAAUGGGGCCUGCAGGAACCUUGUAUGUUCUGAUCUGUUUACCCGGGGUAUCGACAUCCAGGCAGUUAAUGUGGUUAUCAACUUCGAUUUUCCAAAGAAUUCUGAAACUUACCUCCACAGAGUUGGGCGCUCUGGGCGUUUUGGUCAUCUUGGAUUGGCUGUAAAUUUAAUCACCUAUGAGGAUCGUUUUAAUCUGUAUAGGAUUGAGCAAGAACUUGGCACUGAAAUCAAGCAGAUCCCUCCCCAAAUUGAUCAAACUAUUUACUGCCGGUGAUACCUGAGAAGUGUGAGAAACAUCAUUAUCGACUAUUUAGCCAGAGCCCGUGGUUGCAAAUAUCUCUAAGGUGAUUAGUAACUGACCAGAUCUUCUUCUUCUUUACAAUUACUUGCGCACACCAAUCUGAUGAAGCUCAAAGAAUGCUUCUGUAAGAGUUUGUUCAUCUUUAUAUACCUAUAUAUUUACGUCAGCAAUCUAUGCAGUGCUUCUUUUAACCAGAAAUGGGAAAAGGAAAACCUAUAGGCCAGCCUCCCCUCUUUUUAGUUGUAGGUUUGCCGCCAAAAGUAUCAUACUGCUUUCAGAAUUGGCUUCGUUGUUUUUCAUAGUUUGAUACUGUGUGCUGAAAAUAAUGCUGGUGAUAAUUGACCUUUAAUGUUGAUGAUAAUCGUAUACCAUCUAAUAUUUGAUGC